ACAAUAUUUCAGUCUCUAAAUUCUCUAUAAACUUAUUAGAUCACUUUUUCUAUUCUUUUCUAAUUUUUUUAUCCAAAUAUUUGGAUUUAAAUUUCUAUUCAAAAUUCUAAAUUAUAUAAACAAUUGUUUCAGUAUGUCGACGGCAACCGCGAUGGCUUUACGAAAGUACUCAAGACUUUGUUUGCAAGCCACAAAGCGCCUGUUCGCACCCGCAUCUAGUGUAAGUUCGAAUCAGUAUGGCGGUCUCUCCGAGCAGCAAAAAGUCUUGCGCCGAUUUCACCCGUCCAAGAAAGGCGACCAGGAUGUCUCAAAGAUCCUGCCCAAUUGGAAAAAAGAAAUAUUUUACCGAGCCGGUUUCGAAUUAAAUCAUGUCCCAAAACCCACGACUCUGGAGGUAGUACCAAAAACGCUCCUGGCCUCGAAGCAGUUCCUUAAGGAUCUAGAGUUGGGACAGGUGACAUGUAUGGCAAAAAAAGGAGGUGGCGAGGACAAGAAAUGUGCCGAAUUGGAACUCAAAAAGAAAUGUGCCGAAAUGAAGAAAAAGAAAGCCUGUAAAGGAGGGAAAAAGGGUGGCAAAAAGGGAAAAUGUGCAAAAAAAGUCAACUGCAAAGAAGUGGAACUGAAAAGGAAAUGUAAGGACUUGGCCAACAGGAGCAAGUGCAAAGGAACAAAAAUGAGUAGAAAAGACAAAAAGCUGAAAAAAGAAUGCCAAGAGUUGGAGGCCAAGAAGCAAUGCGAAAAGAUGGAGGCCAAGAGGAAAUGUGAAGAACAGGCGGCCAAAAAGAAAUGCGAAGAAAUGGCGGCCAAAAAGAAAUGUGCAGAAAUGGCCAAAAAAGAGAAAGAAGAGAAAAUGAAGAAGAAAUGCCAGGAAAUGGAAAUGAAAAAGAAAUGCAAGAAAAUGGCCGACGAGAAGAAAAAAGAUGGAAAAGAUGGAAAGAAGUGCUGAAAGUCCUGUAAAGUCUGACAUAUAAUUGUUUAUAUAAUAAACUAAGUUUGGUUCUCAUUGGUUUCAAACAUAAAAUUUCUUUAA